AUGGUAGCAAUUUCAUUAGAUGAUCCAAAAGCUUCACUUGUGAACAACGUUGAUGAGGAGAGUGGGGUGUUAUCUGGAGUGUCUGAACUGAUAACUGCUGAAAAUCACGAAGCUGCAGGUGGAGAACUUGGAAUGUCGAAAGACUUGAAUAAAUCAACAUGCACUCGCCCUACAGUCGUUUCUGAAAAUGGAUUUCACACAUGUGAACAGGAGAAUAUUGAGAUUGGCAGCUCUAAAUCAAAUUGGACAAAGGAAGGGAUUGGCCAUGUCAAGAUAAGAUGCAAGGGAAGAGAUUCUGUACCUGAUGAUGAAUCUGUACAAAAGCUUUGCAAUGAGGUUCUGAACUUUUGCUCCCAGAGGCCAAACACAAAGAAAUUUGAUUUCAAGAUAAUAACCAUUGAAUUUGAUGGCAAACGCAUUAAGUUGCAAACCUGGGAUACAGCUGGCCAAGAGAGAUUCAGAACUAUUACUACAGCUUAUUACCGUGGAGCCAUGGAUAUCUUGCUGGUUUAUGAUGUUACUGAUAAAGCAUCUUUCAAUAAUAUUAGGAAUUGGAUUCGCAAUAUUGAACAACAUGCUUCUGACAAUGUAAACAAGAUACUUGUGGGAAACAAGGCUGAUAUGGAUGAAAGUAAAAGGGUCGUACCUACCUCCAAAGGUCAAGCUCUUGCUGAUGAGUAUGGUAUCAAGUUCUUCGAAACCAGUGCAAAAACAAACAUGAACGUGGAGGAGGUUUUCUUUCCAAUAGCAAGAGACAUCAAGCAAAGGCUUGCAGACACAGAUUCAGGAUCCGAACCACCGGCAGCCUUUCCAAAUGCAACAAUAGGAUUGCAAUGCGCCCCUUGA